GUUAACCGGAAGUUGGCAGUGCUCAGGAAAAGCGGGCAUUUCCUUUGUAAAUUUCAAGUUUACAGAAGAUAACUAAUGGAACUUGUGUAUUCUCUUGAUUUUCGCGCACUUCCGCGUUCCAGGGAAUGGAAAGUUGAAGAAAACACUUGCUGUAGCCUAUCAUGUCGGAACAUCCUUGCAUUUAGCAGACCAAACAACAAUGGAACGGACAGUACCUGCCCCUUUGAGAUCCAGUAUGAGGUGUGUGUGUUGGACAUGGACAAGCCAUGGGAGGAGUUUGUGGUGUGCCACUCCAACAACCCUGUCUCACACAUCCGAUGGGACGCCACAGGGUGGAGGCUGCUCACAGUCGACUGCGAGGGCACGUUUGAUGUGUGGCAGAUGCAGGAUUACCUGAUAAACACUUGGGUGAAGUUUGACAGCUGUAGCCUAGAUGGAGAGGAGGUACUUGCCUUGGUCUGGUUGCACAAUGGAAUCCAGAUUCCUUUCAGCCCUGACAAGCGAGACAGCGUCCUGUACAGUGACAAGUUCCCUCGCACCAAGUUUAAGCCCACGCUGUCACUGUUUGGGAGUAAGCCCAUGGAGGGUUGGGUGGCUGUCACAGCUACAGGCCUGGUGAGUGUCAGCCUGCUACAGGAGCAAGAGAAGAAGCUGGUGACUGUGCAGGAGAAUCUUGCACCAUCUCACCUACGGCUCUCGGACGCUGAUGUGGCCUUCACCAACACAGGUGAGAUCAUCAUUGCAACCAGUGAUGGUCUGAUGUCCUCUGCCAUACAGUGCUUCACCGUCUCUGUGAAGAUGCUGCAGAUGUCCCACGAGAUCACGUGUUGUGCUGGAGCUAGUCUCUACAUGAAGAGCCAGAUGGAGUAUGGCAACAAGGACAGCCAGACCAUGAGGAUCACCCAUCUCAUGUUCAUGAACCAGGAGAGCAGCGACACACUGCUCAUCGGCUGCGGUAGUCAUGGCUACAGUAGCAUAGAGGUGUGGCAGCUUGUAGAACAAACCAUGUCACUUCAUCGGAUGUUCCAGAGCACUGCCAAUCCUGACUAUGCAUACAAGACCCCAAAGUGGAUGCACAAGGCCACCAUCCAGCACAGCUCCAUGAUCUCCAGUAUAGCAUGUCCACAGAUCAGUGUCAGCAGGACUAUAAACGAUGCUGCUGGCUUUGUCUCCUACUUCGCUGCAGCCUACAGAGAUGGAUCUGUAAAGAUCCUUCAUCGCCAGAGUUUCCAAGUUAUAACCACAUGUUCCUGGGAGAUGUUGAUAGGAAUACACUAUCCUGGCCUCCCUGGAGAGAAGUUACCACGGCCUGCGUCGUACAUGUCCACAAUCCAACAGACACCAUCUGGGUGUGGGCUAAUUGGGUUCUGUGGUGACAAGACUUACAUGUUCCAGGUGUUCAACAUCCGGGACGGCCCCAUACAGUUGAUGGCGCCAGUCAUCAUACACCUGCUUGAGUAUGUCAUGUAUGUCGGCCAUGACUGGUGGGAUAUCCUCAUGAUCAUAGGCCAAGGGCUGAUAGAGAGGAUCUGUCAGCGGCUGAUGGACACAUUUCAGAAGCAGCCCAUCUCCCUCCAAGAGCUGCUGAGGAUGAGGCUGAUCCGGCUUCGAAUAGGUCUCUACAGCUGUCUGCCUGCCGGACACCAGAAGGCCUCUGACUGCCACGCCCUCCUUUCUCUCUUUGCCAUUGCUUCCGUCCUCAAGGGGAUUCUCAGGCCAAAGUCUGUAUCUCCACAGGAUAAGUCCCCAGCCGAGAAGUUGUCUGCAGUGUGUAGCAAGCACAGUGACCUGGAGCUGGACUCUGUGUUGACCAACCUGGACACAGAUGAGUUUAUUGUGGAGCCUGCCAGGAAAGACAAGCUCAACACUCAGUCUGAAUACUCGCUGCAGCCACUCCAGCCAUUCAUCCAGUGGGUGGCGGACUUCGCGCUGCACCUGCUGUCCUCCGCCCCCCUCUACCAGUCCUACUCCUCCUUCCUCGGCUCCUCACUGCUCCGCGAUGUGUCUGUGCUCCACACGCUCCGUGAGCUCAUUGUCAUCAUCCGUGUGUGGGGGGUAAUCAACCCUGGCUGCCUCCCCACCUUCACUAACAUGACGCACAUAGAUUGCGUCUCCCACAUCUAUAAGCUGCUCACCAAACUCUGGCUCUCUAUCCGUGACGGUAAUAGUUUUGAGUAUGAUGAUUCGCUGAUGGAUGAAUGCUGCCACCUGCCAAGCAAAGUCAUCAUCCCCAACAUGAAGCAAAGCUUUGGGGAAGAGAACUAUAGUUUUGCUAUCUUCAGUCAACAAUUUCCACUGAGUUUCUUUGUGGGUCAUGAGCCAGACUAUUUGUACAACUUAAAACAGUCAAGACUGUACACAACUGAUGUUGCCAUGGAGACCAGACAGCAUCAUGACGCUGUGCGACACAUACAUCUGGGUGCGAAUCCUUCAGGUAAAGUGAGGGAAUGUUGUCGGUGCAGUGCUAUGUCGUUAGUUCACAGUACAGCUAAAUCACUGAUACUCAAGUCAUGGGAGCAGAGGUUUGUCAAGAUGUGUGUAUGUGGUGGGCACUGGAAAAUGAAGUCUACUUCUUGACAGCAAUUUCUGUGACACAAAGGGAAGUAACUCUAUUGACAGACUCUUGUCAGAAGAUUAAAGGAGAUAAUGAGUUUGUAAAUUGUUGAUACAGAAUAAAUGAUAUAUCACUGACCCAUA